GGGACAAUCUCAGUCCCCGGGGCUUCCCCUGUCCCCAAGCGCUCCCGCCUCUGCCUCCGGCUGCCGAGGGAACCGCCGCUCAGAUCGAUCCGGCUCCUCUUUGCCAUGACAACGGCAAUCCCACGCCCCUUCCUAGGUCCUGCUCCGGAGCAGCUCAUGAGGCCGAUCCUUGAGGCUUGGGAUCGUCGGGUUCUGUGAAAAAGGUUCUGUUCGAAGACAUCUUUCCCUGGCUAAGACGACCAUUCGGUCAGAACCCUAGGAUCCACAGUCAUGUCUGACAACGAGGACAAUUAUGAUGGUGAUGACUUUGAUGAUGUGGAGGAAGAUGAGGGCCUAGAUGACUUGGAGAACCCCGAGGAGGAGGGCCAGGAGAAUGUGGAGAUCCUUCCUUCUGGGGAACGGCAGCAAGCAAACCAGAAGAGAAUCACUACCCCCUACAUGACUAAGUAUGAGCGAGCCCGGGUCCUGGGCACCCGGGCCCUACAGAUUGCCUCCUUCUUCCCUCAAAGGGAGGGCCCAGAGGUAUUUGGGACCCGCCUCAUGCUGUCCUUGUGCCCCCCACAGGAUGUGUGCCCCUGUGAUGGUGGAGUUGGAGGGGGAGACGGAUCCGCUGCUCAUCGCCAUGAAAGAACUCAAGGCUCGAAAAAUCCCCAUUAUCAUCCGCCGCUACCUGCCAGAUGGGAGCUAUGAAGACUGGGGCGUGGACGAGCUCAUCAUCACCGACUGAGCCCCGGCCCCCUGCCCACCCUCAACCCCCCGGCAGUUUGUACAUUCUGUUUAUUUUUCUAUAUGGAUAAUAAAGCCUAUUCACCCUCUCUUCUUA